CCACACUUUGAUCUAUAUAAGCUAGGGUGGAUACCACCAUGAAUUAUAGUCUUGUCUUAGUUAAGUAAAUAGACUGAUAUGAAGUACCUGGUUGUAGCAACCCUCGCCCUAGCGGCUUAUGUACAAGCUGGAGGCAUUAUCCUUAAAGGCCCCUCAGGAAUAAUCACUCCUCAUGGUCCGAUUGGACCCGAUGGUAGAGGUGCCGGUAGAGUAGGAGGAGGAGGAUGGGGAGGUGACGAUGGUCAAUGGCGAGGUAACCGUUUCGGCGGUGACGAUGGUCAGUGGAGGGGAGACGGACGUGGACGUGGUGGUGAAAUCAUCUUGAAAGGCCCCUCUGGAAUUAUUACUCCUAAUGGACCUAUUGGACCUGAUGCCUUAGGCCGUGGAGCUGGUGGAUGGGGAGGAGAUGGCGGCGAUGGUCGUUGGGAUGGUGAUGACGGACGCUGGGACAAUGGUAAUGAUGGCCGAUGGGACGAUGGCAAUGAUGGACGUUGGGACAAUGGCAAUGAUGGCCGUUGGGAUGGUGGAAAUGACGGACGUUGGGACGGUGGAAAUGACGGACGUUGGGACGGUGGUGAUGACGGCCAAUACAGGGGCGAUGGUGAUGACGGUCAAUGGAGAGGCGAUGGUGGAGCACGAAGGUCAUUAAAAUGGUUUAUAUACACCGAGUUCUUUUUAGCCUUUAUCAUACUGUUUUGGUUGGGUGAUAACGGUCGCACGAUGAUCAGAAACUUGGUACUUUUUGCAACCUUCGCCAGCAUGGCCCUGUCCAAACCUAGCGGGCUUGGAUUAAUAGACCUUAAAGGGUUAGAAUUAGGCGCUCUUAGAGGAGCAGAAUUGGGAUCUCUCGGCGGUUUGGGAUUGGGAUCUCUCGGGGGAGAAAUUCUCGUGAGAGGGCCUGAACUCGUGGCUCGUCCAACUCUCCUAGCUGCUCCGGCCAUAGCCGCUUCCAGAAUCGCAGCCCCCAUUGCCAUUGCCGCCCCGAGGAUCGAGGCUCCAAUUGCCAUUGGCGCUCCAAGAAUCGCAGCCCCAGCAUUGAUCAGCGGAGGUAUCUCCGCCGGAGCGGUCUUGAGCGCACCGAAAGCCACUGGUGCUAUUUUGGCCGGACCUCAAUCUACCGGUGCCAUAAUCGAAGGACCAAAGACAGCCGGAUCAAUUUUGACAGGAGCGACUAGUGCCGGUGCCAUCUUGGCAGGCCCCGAGAGGGCCGGUGGGAUUAUUGGCACCGCCGGCAUCGCAGCCCCAAUCGGUUUAGCUGCUCCAGCCAUUGCACCCUUGGCGAUCGCAGCCCCCGCUAUCGCAGCUCCAAUUGGUGCCGCCGUCGUAACCAAAGGCGGUGGCACUAUUGGAGUAAGUGAAGCUGGAGCUGAGGUACGCGGACCCAAAGCGGUAGAUGUUCUCGUCGCUGGACCUUCCGGAAAGAUCAAAGCCGAAAAGAUUUGGGGUCCAACGCUCCAAGGAUUGCCUCUACAGAAAUACUACUGACGACAACGCGAAUAGUUUUACCCUACACUAGUCUCCCAGAUGUGCAUCGACGCUCCUUUGUCACCGUUUCGCUUAUCGCCUCGUAACUCUUCCGUAACUUCUCUUACUUCCUUUCUUCUUCUUCUACUUCGCGUUGACGCACGAUGGGCCGAAACCAUGACUGCCUCGUUUACUGAUUGUUGUUGUUUGUGUAUAUAUUUAUUUAUAGUUUUUAAAAUUGCAAAUGUGAAAAAGAAAAGAAUAUAAUGAAAGUAUCGAGAAAAAAAAUUAGUUUUUAUUGACGUACGCGCU